AUGCUGAGAAAGGUUUACGUAUCCUCGGAUUUCCCUGCAAUCAGUUUGGAAAGCAGGAACCUGGGGAUGAAGCUCAAAUUAAAGACUUUGCCGCAUCCUACAAUGUAA